AGUCUGCGGCGAACCGCAGAGCGCUGAGCGUCUCGUGCCGUGAGCGACCGGACGUCAGUGGACGAGCGCCCAUUUGGCCCGACAGGGGGCGCAGCUGGGCAGAUGAAGCAUGGCCGGAGAAGAGGAGCCCUUGUUGGCCGGCCACACGGGCGGUGGGACGCCCAAGCUGUCGCUGCUGUUCUCAGUCAUCUGCCUCGUCGACCUGCUGGGGGUGUUCCCCGUGGUGGUGCUGCCCCGCGCCCUCAUCGACUGCGGCUGGUUUGGCAUCCCUGUCUGCUUGGGUGUGUUUGUAUUGGAGAUCUACACAGCAGUGCUUCUCGGGAGAUCUUGGACGAUCGCAUGCGAAAUACGUCCUGAUAUUGUCUCCAAAAGCAGGUACCCGUAUGCAGCUCUGGGCGAACUUGCGUAUGGGCCUACCAUGAGGAAAUGCGCAACAAUUUUGCUGAAUAUUUGCAUGUUCAGUGCAUCAGUACCCAAUUUGUUGUUCGUGUCCCAGAGUCUGGAGUUGCUGGGGACCAAAACCUCUGUCGGCUACAUGUCGUUCUGCAACUGGCUUCCCGUGCUGGGACUCGUGCUGUGCCCCAUCAUGUGGAUCGGCAGUCCCAAGGAUCUGAAAUGGCUGUCCAUCGUCUCCGCGUGCGGUGUUCUGACGGUGACAUUGCUCACGUGGUUAUGCAUGUUCGAAGAGCCUCCUGGACCGUUCCCCGUGCAGCCUUCAUCCCCGACGUGGCAGUCUGUGUUCCUGGCAUUUGGCAUCAUGGUCUUCUUGUUUGAACUGCAUCCCACAGUGCUCAUACUUCAAGUUGACAUGCGAGACAAGUUUGCGGUGGGGAACGCCAUUUUCUGCUGUUUUGUAGUGACCGGAGGGCUGGCGCUCGCCACCGCGGUGCUGGCCGAGACCAAGUUCGGCGACGUGGUGCGGCCCAACGUCCUGCAGCACCUGUCCGGCAGCGCGGCGCUGUACGCGGACGUGUUCGUGAUGUCGCUGCAGAUAUUCCUGUCCAUGGCCGUGGCGGAGACGGCGCUGUUCCAGGACCUCGAGGACCAGCUGCGCAUACCGCGGGAGUUCUGCUGGCAGAGGUGCGCCGUGCGCUCCGCCGUGGUGGGCGCCGCCGUGCUGAUCGGCGAGCUGGUGCCGCGCUUCGACCUCAUCAUGGCCGUCAUCGGCGGCGCUAUCACCUGCCCGCUCGUCUUCGUCUUCCCGCCCUUGUUCUACGCGCGGCUGCGGCGCAUGCAGCGCGACGCCGCGGCGCCUGCCGUGUCCUCCUCCUCCUCCUCGUCCUCCUCCUCCUCCUCCUCCUCGACCUCCUCGCACUCCUCCUCGGAGGGGGAGGCCAACUGCGACGGGUCGCUGUUCGCGCGCGCGGCGGCGCGCCUCCUGGGCGGAUGCGCGUGCCUGAAGGUGGACCAGCCCCCGCGGCACCUGGGCGCCGGCGAGAAGGCCUCGCUGCUGCUCGUCGUGUGCGUCGGAGGCGUCGCGACGCUGCUGGCGUCCUACUUCAGCGUGCACGCCACCGUCGUCUACGGCGAGUUCGCUCCCCCCUGCUUCCUGUGAAAACACCUCGACGACGACGAUCCUGCCCGAACACGGAACCCAGGUCGCGCGCCGGGAAUUGGGAUUCCACGUGUCGGUCUCACGCGCCGUGAUGGUUAUUUAAUUUUCUUGCCGUUACUUUCACUGAACGACUAUUCCUAUAAAUUUACCUCCAUAUCAAGGGUACCAGUCAGUAGACCGUCAGUCAUUUGACCGAAAUGUUGGUCUAAUGCCUUUCGUUAGUCUUUUUUUUUGGAAAAAAAUAACUUUCGGUCUAGUGCCUUUCAGUCCGGUGUCUGUCGGUUAAAUGACUGUCGGUCCAAAGUGCCUGUCGGUGAAACAACGAAAUUUCGGCCUACUGCCGUGCUACCGAUAUUGUAUUACAGUUUUGUGUGUGUGUCGUCACAAAAUUUCGUCAACAUAUGCUUAGGUCUGCGAAGUGGUAUUUUACUUCCGCAAAAAAUUUUCUACUGAUGGACGCUUGCGUGAACUUAAUAAUACCUUUAAAAUAACGUUUAGAAAAUAUCCGGUGAGAAUAGUUGUAACCAAAAAUAAAAGUGGCCCGUGAUCCUAUUUUUUAAAAAUAAUUCUGUAUGAAGUUACCUGUGAUUCUAUUCUGACACGUUAAAGUAAUUAAAUAUCAAGAAUCUUUACAUUCUUUCCACUUACAGGGUUUAAGAAACCGUUUAUUAUAACAAUUUCAAGCCCUCAGACAGCAAUUCUAAAUUUUUCUUGGAGUUUUUAGUUUGAUUUGUAAGAACCAGAUACAUAAUUUUUUAAAAUGCAUUUUCUCCCCUUUCGUGUAGAGUUAAACAUGAUACCUAAAUGAGUGAAUAAUGUCAAAAAUAUUUUCUGACGAACGUGCGACGUUGCUAGUGUUUUUGUGCUACACCUGCCUUUGCUUGGGUGGUUGUCGCCUCAAUCACUCUUCAAUACCACCAUUCCUUAAGGCCAUGCACAUACUGUCAACAUUUUUCUUCCAACACCUUCCAAAAAAAAACUUUGUCAAAUAAUAUUGGACGGUCAUAUCGACACCGAAAACUUCACUUACGCAUUCAUAUUUGUUUGACAAGUUGUAUGAUUAAUAAUAUAUCAAAUAUUUCGUAUAUUGGACUGGUUAUAAAAUAAUGUUAAAAAUUUGACGGAAUCAAUUAGAAGCGCGACCUACGAAAACAAGAACGGAAAAUUUCCUUAUAAGAGAAUCUUUAAAUGUCAAACACAUGGGCUAUUAAUUAAUUUAUUAUAAGGUAAAAAUAGCCAAAAUAAUGUUAAUUAUGUAAUAAUGUUAAUAAUGUAAGUAAUGUGUAAAAAGCAAAUGAUUUUUCUUAAACUUUCGAUGAUACGGGACAUUUAUUUUGCUAUACAAAUUUGUUAUAAAUUAAUAAGUAUAAAUUUUCCAUUCAGCACUGGUUUGCGUUAAUUGAAUUUUAAAAUAAGAUUAACAUUGGAAAAUUUUCUGCUAGCUCAGUAUAAUAAUAAAUUUAAUAUUCUGACAUGAUUUAAUAUUUUUUGGAGGUUAUUUGACCAACUUAAAUUGAUAGCGAAAAUUGAAAGCCAUAUUUUGUUCAGUAUAACCCUCUAACUUUAUAUUUAAAUGAAGUCGGAGGCGAAAAUUUGUCCGUGUAGCAAAACAUUUUAACUCCACAUACAGUUGUUCUAUGUUGUUAUCGCCACCCAUGCACAUAAGCCAACUCCUUGUGGACAGCGAUGCCUGCAGGAGGAAGCACAAUAAAGGGAGGUAGUGUACUGACACUAGCAACACUGGGUCAGCAUUUCCGCAUAUUCGCACAAUUUCCCGUUGACUAUGAACGGGUGUAUACACAUUCGACAUACGUCAACAUUUUUUCGCCUAUGGUAUCUGAAGUCUUUCACGCAGAUCGGCAUAAUGUAACAACAUGAAAGAAAAAUUAAAAUUUCUGAAGAUACUGCAUAAUUAAUGUAAAAAUAACUAAGAAACGAUAUCUACAUAGAACUUUUACUGGAUCACGGGGUAACGAGAACUUAAACUUAAGUAUCAAUAAAAGAAAUCUCUGUAACUUAUAAGAGUUACAGUUAAUAAAUAAAAUGAGAUCUUUAACCGGAUUACAGAGUAACAGGAACUAAGCCGAAGUAUAUGUUAUAGAAAUCUCUGUUGCUUAUAAGAGCUAUAGCUAAUGAAUGAAAUGAGCUACCACAGAGAUCUUUAACCGGAUCACAGGGUAACAGUAAAUAAGCCGAAGUAUAUGUAAUAGAAAUCUCUUGUUACUUAUGAGAUUUACAGUUAAUAAAUGAAACGAGCUACCACAGAGAUCUUUAACCGGAUUACAGGGUAACAGGAACUAAGCCGAAGUAUAUGUUAUAUAAAUCUCUGUUGCUUAUAAGAGCUAUAGCUAAUGAAUGAAAGGAGCUACCACAGAGAUCUUUAACCGGAUCACAGGGUAACAGUAAAUAAACCGAAGUAUAUGUAAUAGAAAUCUCUUGUUACUUAUGAGAUUUACAGUUAAUAAAUGAAAGGAGCUACCACAGAGAUCUUUAACCGGAUUACAGAGUAACAGGAACUAAGCCGAAGUAUAUGUUAUAUAAAUCUCUGUUGCUUAUAAGAGCUAUAGCUAAUGAAUGAAAGGAGCUACCACAGAGAUCUUUAACCGGAUCACAGGGUAACAGUAAAUAAACCGAAGUAUAUGUAAUAGAAAUCUCUUGUUACUUAUGAGAUUUACAGUUAAUAAAUGAAACGAGCUACCACAGAGAUCUUUAACCGGAUUACAGAGUAACAGGAACUAAGCCGAAGUAUAUGUUAUAGAAAUCUCUGUUGCUUAUAAGAGCUAUAGCUAAUGAAUAAAAGGAGCUACCACAGAGAUCUUUAACCGGAUCACAGGGUAACAGUAAAUAAACCGAAGUAUAUGUAAUAGAAAUCUCUUGUUACUUAUGAGAUUUACAGUUAAAAAAUGAAACGAGCUACUACAGAGAUCUUUAACCGGAUUACAGGGUAACAGGAACUAAGCCGAAGUAUAUGUUAUAGAAAUCUCUGUUGCUUAUAAGAGCUAUAGCUAAUGAAUGAAGUGACCAAGGAAAGUCCUAGCACAGAUAUUUAACUGGAUCACAGGGUGACAGGAUCUAAGCUUUAGUAUCAGCAGUAGAAUGCUCAAUACUUCAGGCUGGCCGGAGCGACAGGUCUGUCCCUCGGGUAGGGCAGCCGGCUCCUGUGUCAGCCCCAUCCCAUCCAUGCAGACCCUGCCUCAGGCGGGAAACUACAUGUCAACAAUAAUUUUUUAAUAGAAUGCUCAGUAACAUAGCUAGUUUGUAAGACUAAACAAACAGUCUUCGUGCGUUGUAAGAGCGGGAAAUUUUUUUCAUUAUAGGCAUAAUUUUUAUUUAAUUUGAUGGUGUUUUUAAUUACUUUGUUUUCGAUGCCUGUAGACAAAAUACCAGUGUAAGGAGCUUACUAUUAAGGCCAUGCGUUGAAAGUUGAGUACAUAACGGACUCUAAAUUAAUCGAUAAAUGAUUAGUUGCCCGAAAACUAUUUAUUUCUGAGAAGGUAGGGACAAGUUUAGUUUCGGCAGUAGAAUGGACCCUGGGAAUGAAUGCUCAAUGAAAACUUCACUUACUGCAUAAAAUAAAAAUUAUGCUUGGAAUAAAUUAAUAUAUUUGUUUGAUUAAAAAUAAUUAUGUAUUUUUUUAUUGAUUUUUUAAAAUCCAUUUUGCUAGUCAUUAGAACUUAAUCUUUUCAAAGAAACCAAAUGACCAUUAAAAUAUUUUAAGCGAAUUUUAAUUUAUUCAAACAUUUUAUUUUGCAAUUGUAAAAGAAAAUCAUUGAAAUAUAUUUCGUUGUAAGAUUUGAAUUCUAAAGAGGUUUUUAUGUGAUUUUAAUUAUUAAACAACAAAAUUUUAUUGAAUAUUCGUUUAUUUUUGGUUUCAAGCCCUAAUUUUAUAUAAAAAAAGUUUGAUUUUUUAAACUAUAGACCGUUUUUUACUUUCUAUACAUUCAGUUCUUCGUGAUAAAAAAAACCGACACAUUAUUGUUUUUGUAUUCUCGCAUUUCAUGCACGAUGUGACCUUCCCUGUCUUCUGAAUCUACGGGUAUUAGCCUAUGUUUUUGGGUACUUAAGAAUUAACAAUAAGAAUUGGUCCUGUACUUAAAAUAUGAUCUGAAUAUUCGAGUGUUAUUGUGUAUGGUAUUAUAUAAUAUUAUGUAUGAUAUUAUAUAUGAGACCCCGCGCUGAAGAUGUUCGAACAGCUGGUAAACUGCCAAUCAUAAACCAAUAAUUACACUUGUAUACACAGAGUAAUAUUCUUACUUUUAUCACUUAAGAAUUCAAUCGUAAAUUAGACUAAGUGCUCUGAAUGACUCUGUUACGAAAAACAAUUUUUGUUCGACAUUGUGCUUGCAUUUAUUCUUCUUCCUGUUCACACAACCUGUUCCCACAAUCUGCGUGCAUUGCCAUUUUGCAAAUUACAGUUACAUAUCAACUUUGAUAUCUUGGGUUAUUAGCAUACAGCAGUAAUGUUCAUAUAGAACACGAAGUGUUCCGCCAUAAACCAACCACGUUAACAUUUUUUUUAUUCUAAAAAGGAGUAAAAUAAACUAAAACUGUCGUCGAUUUUUAUAACAUUUUUGCGCCAAAAUAUUAACUUCUUGUAUGAGCAUUUUGUAAAAAUUUCUGUACUAUAUUAAAAUAAAAUAAGUCACUUAAAUAUGUAUAUUUGUUUCAACGAAGUUAAAAUUUUGUACCUUUUUUAGUGUUGUAAUUUAUGCAGGAGAGUUAGAUGUAUUGUUCUAUUAGCGUAGGUGUCUAUUAUACAUUUUACCUCACUUGCUAAACAAACCGUAGCUGCAUAAAGACUAGUGUUAGGAGAUAAUUUGUUCCAUUAACACGGCAAAUAUUGCUCACACCCACUCCAUUUUUAUUUGCAUAAAUCAAUACUAAUAUUUCUAUGGAGAACUGUCUAACUUUCAAUUGUGCGUUAAUGGAAUUACUUGCUGCGAGAGUUGUUCGUUAAUUCCUCCCCUCUUUGCUAACUACUAAAACGUUUUUACAUCAAUUUGUGCCUUGGAUUUUGAAAAAUAAUUUUCAAUAUUUGUGCUUUUGUGAAAUGUAUUUUAAACAGUGAUUCUUGAACUUUACACCAUUAAAAAACCACGCAUCAGACAACUGUACUUAAUCAUGACUAUUGCAAAAUAAUAUAUUAUAAAUGGUAAAGAAUGACACCUUAGUUCAUAUGUUACUAAGUUAAUGACGCCAAAAACCUUCCGAAUAAAAGAAGAGGAAAACGAAUUCAAUAAAAACUCUUUGAACCAUAAAUUCGUUGUAAUAUUAUACAUUUUAUUUUAUCUGUUCUUAUGAAUACUGCUUCAUAUUUUGUACUUACUGAAUACAAACAUUUUUUAUCAUAUGGUGUUUUAUUGAAUGUGAUUUAUGUAACACUGAAACUAAAAUAUGAAGCAACCAUGAAAUGCUAUCAGGUUCAAGACCAGGUUGGUUGGUGUUUGAGACUACUUAGCGCUUAGGUCGUUAUGGCACAAAUUCUCGGGAUUCCCUAUUCGGAUUCCUUGUCAAAGAGUGGUUUUGUUUCCCUGUUGGCUGAUAAUCCACUUAAUAUUUCAGUACCUACUAGUAUAACUUCACCACGCACAUGUGCCUACAAUUCACUGAGUAAAUCCAUUGCAUUAAUGGUGUAUAUAGUUUUAUCUAAGCUCAUGUUGUGUCUCCAAGAACAGCUAGGCCACCUACACACCAACUUCCCAAGAAGGAUGUAUCCUUCAUGGUCUUCCCUGGCAUGUAAAGUGCAGCUACUGCCACUGUGAAUUCAGCAUGAAAUUAUCUCCAUAUGACCAAACGAUCGGUAUAUAUUAGUACUACAGAAACAAAACAAGCAAUCUUACAGAAGUGAAAUGGCGUGGCAGCUUUUUGAUGCAGUCCCACUAAUACAUCUGUCGGGUGAAAAUUCUGGUCCGGGGCUUGCCCCAUUGCAGAAAACUCCAGCCGCAAUCAUCAAUACAACAUAGCCAUAACAAAUUUUACGUGCCAUUCCGAUCACUAGCAACGAGGGAAAUUAGUGGGCUUGCCAUCAAAAAUUUUGCCUUGGAUAUUAGGAAGUUAAUUGGCCGAGAGAGACCCUCUAAGCGAUCUAAUUGGUAAUUGUCUACUCCACGUUUUGGAUUAUUUCGCAGUGGUUGGGCCUGUGUGUGUAAAUUAGUUGGCCAAUCACGUUAGGCCGUGUUGCUAGUCAUUUCGGUCACUUCUUCUGGAGUUUGGCAGACAUUACAGUUUUACUUGCCUAGAUAUUUGCUGAGGCAAUAUUGUAAAAACGGCCUGUGAGGUGUUGAAAUAGUGGAAAAGGAUGUAUGAGUCGAGCACAAACCCGUCCUAGACGUCGGACUCUGGGGCCAAACUCCCUAAUCUUCAGUGCGUAAUGGGACCAUAACAACCAGUCCACCUGCUGCAUGGUUCCAUUCCAUCAACCAAGGAAAUCUACUCGGAGAUUUCUGAGUAUUUGUACCUAAACGAGUAAGUCGGAUGAUUACUACCGACUAUGUCUAGCCCCAGAGAUCAGAAUGAGCUUGCUUGCACGACAAGUCUGCAAGCUUGGAUCAAGCUGGAAUCAAGCUUACAAGUCCACACGUAAUCAACUUGCUGCAAGGUUGCUACAGCCUGUAAUUCAGAUUUCCAUCGCAUGACUGAAGCAUUGCAUCAAACUUAUAAACUUGUAUGAUGGUUUCAAUCACGAGUUAACUUGGCAAAACUAUCCCAAAGUUGUAACAAUGUUGUGAAAGCAAGUCAAUAUCUUAAUAAAGCAUUGUUUACCCUUUAAUUUUUUUAAAAUCAAACUUAGUAAUGACAAGCUUGCCCAGUACGUCUAGCUCGCGUUGCUCUGCAAAUCUUCAAAAAAGCGAAAAUGCUACCUGGAAAGUAAUUACUUUGUGUGAUAAGCCAAAUGAUCUUUGCAUGGCUGAGAGUGAGCCAGUGACAUAAGUUACGCCUGUAGUACCUCACUUGAAUUAAAAUCAAGGGUGGCAGGUUGAAGCCAGUUUGUCACUUAGGUCAGAAAGGAUCCAUAGUAGUCGUUAGUAUCUUUCCAUUUUGUUUCUUGUUCAGAGGGUAGCUUCUUCUGUCUGAUCUUAGGGUAUGUACAUUCUCACAUCGCAACGAUCUGAAACCUGUCUCAAAAAAGCAUCUCACACAUUCUCUAAGAAUAAUUGCCAACAAAUAUAAUUGGCACUUUUCGUAGCGGGCCGAAUAUUAAAUAUAAGUAUACCGAUGCACCCGGUCACUUAGCUUGUUAUAUAUUUUUUUCAAUUUCCAGCUCCUGUUCUUAUCUGUAUGAAAAUUAGGUUCUACCCACCUCAUAACCAAGAGAGGGCUUAAAUCCCAAAUCAUUAUCCCUGAUUUAAGUUUUUCAUGUUUUCGCGAAAUAACUCCAGGCAUUUGUUGGGAUGGUUCCCUGUAAUAGGCCAUGGCCGAUUCAUCCCUCAAUUUACCUGAUUUGUAAUACGCCCAUCUCCAAUUUCAUCGCUGGCUAUGAGUUUAUCCAAAAUAGCUACCUUGUGGUGCAUGCUGCUUAAUUGAAGACGAAUUUUGCCAGUUGGUGAAAAUUUGGUUUUCAAUAUUCUCAUAUAAAAAAACAUGCUGUGUCCUGCACAACGUAAGACUGUGAUAGUAAUAUAAACUAAAAAAAAGUUAAAAAAAAGUAUAAAUAUUCAUUCCUAUUUACCAAAUAUAUUCACAUUCUGCAAAAAAUAAUUUCGAACAAUUCCGUGGUCGAAUAACUAUUUGAAAUAAAUCGUGCAAAGACCUUUUGAAGCAUAUUAUUAUAAUUAAUUUUUUAAGUAAAUGCUUUAGAUGUU